AUGACCGAAACAGCACUCUUCAAGCGGGAUGCGAUCGAUUAUGGCCUCCCUAACCCGCGCGGUGAUACCGUGGUCACCGUCAAUAUCGCCCUGGUCGCGGUUGCAGUAGUUAUGGUUGUAGCAAGGUUCUGGACACGCAUUGUGAUCAACAACAUGCUUGGUCUUGAUGACUGGUGUGUGCUGACAGCUCUGCUGAUUGCAAUUACCAUGACGGGUCUGUUCUACGGAGAAACAAAGAAUGGGUUCGGACUCCACAGAGUCGACGUUGACCAGGAGCACUUUCUGCAAGCUUGGAAAUACUUCCUGGCUUGCCAGGUGCUGUACAAGGCCGCGGCUCUCUUCGCCAAACUCUCCAUGCUCUUUCUGUACCUCCGGAUCUUUUCGUCCCGCAACUUCCGCAUGGCCGCGUAUGCUGUCAUGUUCAUCUGCGUCGGCACGGCCAUCGGGACGAUACUUCCAACCAUCUUCGCAUGCCACCCUAUCGAAAAGGCCUGGAUCCCGACCGUGCCGGGCAGAUGUAUCUGGACACCAGGAAUCUGGUAUGCCAGCUCAUCCAUCAACAUAGCCACCGACGUGAUGAUCAUCGUUCUUCCCAUCGCUCAAAUCCGAUCGCUCAAGCUACCCAAGGCGCAGAAAAUCGGGUUGGCGGUCCUUUUCAGCCUAGGGUUCUUCAUCAUUGCGACGUGCGCGGUGCGGAUCGCGACCCUGGCACCCGCAGCUACGGCAAAAGACAGCACAUACUAUCAGGCCCAGAACAACCUGUGGCUCGGCAUCGAAGUGAACACCUCGAUCAUCUGCACGUGCAUCCCUCCGCUCAAAGCAACCAUUAUGAGAUUCUUCCCCCGAAUAUUCCGUGGAUCGUCCUACGGUCGCCCUACAGUCAACUACAGGACCCGCUCUGGGACGUUCCCGCUCUCCAGCAACGGUACCUCUGUCAAAGGAGGAAAUAAUUCGUCUUUCCCGACUCCCCUCUCUCCCACGCAUGGGUAUUCCAAUACGGUCGUCACCGGCGGCUCCAAAUCAUACCCCAUCAGCGAGUCGAACAGCGACGAAGUCGUCAUGCUGGAUGACAUGGCCAAGACGGGCAGAGAGAGGCCCAGGGGCAAAGACGAUAUCGUGAAGCAGACGGACGUGGAGGUUUCGUACCUCGAGGUCCCCUAG